AUGUCGAACGUCGGAGAAAGAGUCAAAGGUGUCUUUAAUACUGUACACGGACUGGGUGAAAAUGUCCGCGCAACUGCCUUGGGAGCUGUCGACACAAUCGCUCAUGACAAAGAGGGUGAGAUGAAGAACGAUCAGAUAGCCCAGCAGGGCAGAUUAGAAACAACCAGAGGCAUGGAGCAAAUGUCUGGACGUCCUCGGAACGUGAAUACCACUGCGAAUUAUGAUACUACCACAGCGGAUCCUUCCCUGGCCAAUCAUCCUGCAACUUCCGAUUACCCUCAGCAUCACCGCGACAACGAAGUCUACAAUGAUUCGCAGGCUAAUGCAGUUCGGAAUCCAGGAAGUAAUGCACCCUCCACACAACCCGGAUAUAACACAAGUGGGGGAGUGCAACCGUCAGAGAACGCUGGGUAUGGAACUCAGCGUGGAAAUGAAUACGGCGGAGCUGGUGUUGACAAUGCGAAUGUGAAUCCGUCAUACAAUUCCGACAACGCACAGUAUGAUACUGGUAAUCCUCGCUAUUGA